AUGGGUGUUCACCGUAUAACCAGUGUAGUCAAGAACCAACGCUGGGUUCCGACAGAUUCCACCAACGAUGAAGGUGAUGCAGCUUGUAGACUAUGGAGGGAUUGGGAUCCGUCAUUGUCGCUUUCCCAUCAUGGAUUGCCAAUCCAAAAGAUUCCAAAGCAAUCUUUGAUACUCAUUGAUGGAAACGGCCUUGCUUUCUAUCUAUUCAAAGUUGCUUAUGCUCGGUAUCUCAUAUCGCUCUUUCCAGGCCGAAAAAAGAGCACUUUCCCUUCCGUUAAUACUCUCUCGCCAUCUGAUUCGACACUUGCACUUCCUUGUAUGAUGCCGCUAAAUUUGCUGGAGGAUGUCACCCUUGAAUUUACAGCGCGUCUCCGGCUCUGCAAUCUUGAAUUCAAAGUGUUCUGGGAUGGCCCCUCUCGUCGUUUCAAGACUAUUACGCUCAAGAAACGUAUGGAACAGCGGCAUCAACAAUGGUCCAACAUGCACCAGUACUGUUUGCGUGGAGAAUUGCCGAAUGAGAAAAGAGUCUUUGGCUUUCUAAAUCAUUUCCCCCUUCCCGGCCUGUUCAUGCAAACAGUUCGAAAAUCUUUGCAUCACAAUCAAGUCGACAUGGUCUACUGCUCCGAAGAAGCCGAUGUCGAACUUGCUAGAGCGGCCUCUGGAAAUGCGAACUGCUACGUGUUUGGGCAAGACUCCGAUUUCUUUUUCUAUAAAGAUAUUCAGUAUGUGCCAUUUGAUUGCGUUUUCAUAGAGAAUGAUGCCAUCCACGCCUGCGUCGGGAAGCGGAAAGAUCUAGCGAUGCUCCUUGGAAUCGACGACGAAGCGAUGGUAGAACUAGCGAUCCUUCUUGGUAAUGAUUACAUCCAGUCGAUGAAGGUACCCAAAAAAGACGGGUUCGAUCGAGGGGAUCCUCUGUACGUGGCCCGCUAUUUGGGUGAGCAGCUUGAUGGGUUCUUGGUGUCAUCCUCCAACAAAUAUGCAAAGGAAUUGGCGUUCGUAAGGGCCUUGUACAAUUUGGACGACCUCGACUCAUUUCCUCUCGAAGAUGCGUCCGGAAUAGAUGAAUCUGCAUUGGAUGAACACGAAGACUUUGCCAAACACUUGAGGUCUGAGCUUCCUUUCGAUGUGGCCAAGGAAGCUGACAGUGCACUCCAAGCUGGUCUUGGACUUGCUGAAACCGUUCAACGAUGUUUAUCAUGGUAUGUCGAGCAAACAAGUAGCGACAAGUCCGCUACUCUUGGACUGGUCCAUUUAAAGGCCUAUGACGAGCUCGUAUCAUCAUCGACCACGAACAAUAAGACUUUUGAGCUAGAUCGUCGACCACAAUGGUCUCAUGUCCUGGCAUGCUACGUCAUUGAGAAAUGCGUUUCUGUCAUCUUGAAGUCUCCACGAUCUUCACUGCUUGAUGGGUUUACACAGCCUAGCACGCUGUUCAGUCACUAUCGUUUCCACAGCAUCUUGGCAUCCAAGGAAACAAAUGAAGUUGGUGGCGACAUUUCCCCAGACGAUCGAGCUACCGAAUCUAUCAAGGAGGAACCAGUGUCCGUGCUUUCGGAACGCAAGAUGCUACCGAUCGAUGCCCACGAGGACCGAAUCAUUCGAAAUAUCGCCAACAAUCGUGUCACUAUCAUUCAUGGAGAGACAGGUUGCGGAAAAAGCAGUCGGGUUCCCGUGAUGGUUUUGAAUGCGCCAUCACCAGAACCAACCUUACCGAGAGUCAAGUUUUUCAUUUCUCAGCCAAGACGUAUUGCGGCAAAGGGUCUUGUCGAACGAGUGCGCAGCUGUGAACCUGAACAUCGUCAAAAGUUUGCAAUUCGAAUGGGCCAUGGAUGGAGAGAGUACGAAACAAAGCAUACGCAAGCCUGGUUCGUCACAACAGGGUAUCUAACACGCCUACUGGCAAAUCACCCUGAGAGGUUCGAUGGCUUGACGCAUUUGAUUAUUGAUGAAGUUCACGAGCGAUCCGUCGACACGGACAUCUUGUGUCUAUUGUGUCGUCGUCUCUUGGAAAGAAAUAAGACCAUCCGGCUUGUGUUGAUGAGCGCCACACUUGCUACGAAGCUUUACAAAGAGUAUUUUAUGGUGCCGAACGAUCCGAUUCAUGUUGGCGUCCGCACCUAUCCUAUUGUGCCAUACUUCGUCGAAGAUCUUCACAAAUUCAAACUUCCACGGAAUGAGAUGAAGGCUGCCGGAGAAAUUGUAAAGGAAUGUCAGAAAAAGAGAUGCAACUCUACACCCACAGCAUUUGAGCUUGCAAAACGCUUCUCGUUGGCAGCGAAUCUAGCCAAAGCAGUUGGUAAACCAGGAACUUCCGUUCUCAUUUUUGUCCCAGGAAUGAAUGAGAUUGUUGUCAUCACGGAAUGCAUUGAGAAGUUCAUGGUGGCCGGGAAAAGAUACACUACUUGCCCCAUUCACUCCGAUAUUCCCUUCGAGGAACAAAUGGAAGCUUUCAAAGAACCUGAUAAAGAUGAAGUCAAAAUUAUCAUUGCAACAAAUGCGGCCGAGAGUUCAGUUACGCUGCCAACUGUGGAUCAUGUCAUUUGCCUUGGGCUUUGUCGGCAAAUCGACUACAAUCCUACGACUCACCGCCAGAUACUUUUGCCUAUGUGGAUCUCGCAAGCCAGUGCCAAGCAGAGGGCUGGCCGAACUGGUAGAGUGCGACCAGGGAAUGUCUACCGUCUGUAUACAAGAGAAACGUUCGAGAACUUUAUGGAUGAGUUCGAUCCAGGAGAAAUCAGCCGGGUGCCGCUCGAUUCCAUUAUCUUGAUGCUGAAGGAAAUGCUUCACGAGGAAGUCAUCCCUGUCUUGUGCAACUGCAUCGAGCCACCGAGCAUGGACACCAUCGACCGGUCGUUUGAGAGCUUGUAUCGAUCGAACUUCAUCGAGGAACCGGAUGAUGAAGCCGACAUUACGUCGCUUGGUUGUUUUGUUUCUUCCCUGGGAAUCGACUUGACAUUGGGAUCUCUUAUUGGGCUUGGUAUUCAGUUUGGUGUUGCUGCAGAAGCAAUCGAGAUGGCAGCGAUGAUGUCGUUUCCCAAGGCGCCAUUUCAAGUUGCCAACACAUUGUUUCAUGAUUCAACAACUUUCAAUAAAAUUACGUCGGGUGGAUAUGUAUCAAGGUGUCAUUUCGACGCGAAUCUGUACUCAGAACCUAUGUCGUUGAUGAAUGCGCUCGCUGAAUACGAUGCCGCGCCAAAUAAAGUAUCGUGGUGCUUUAAACACAGCAUGGCCGUUGCUCGAAUGAAACAACUAUCGGCAACAAGAAAAAGUCUAAGGACCCGUGUGGCAAAGUACUUUGGUAUCAAUGAAAAUGUGUUGAUUCCUGAGACUCCACCAGUGUUGAUGCCUCACGCGAAGGUAAAUAUUUUACGCAUCCUACAAGUAUGGGUGUUUCCAGAAACAAUAAUUGAAACAUGGCCUCCAAAGAAUGUUGAAGUCCGAAGCCACGACGGAUCCGCUACCCUCAGCGUUCAAAAAGGUGUGAUUGAAAAGGCACAGCUGGACAAAGUGCUGCAUGCUGCAAGACACCCGUAUGAGAUACUAAACUCUGCGCACUUGAAACAAGUUGGUCACUUCAAUUAUCAAGGAAUUUUCGAGCUUGAUACCUUUAUUGUGGAUUUCCAAGCAAAGCUUGUGUCAUACAUGGUGGAGGUGAACGUAGACUUGGUCGCUUGUGACUAUGGGAACAACCUUUACCUGUUUCGACAAGCUGAUUUCGAUUGUGCGAAGGACACCAUCUCAGGAUUUGAUUCUUUGGAGUGUGCUAUCGCAGAACAGGACAUCGUAGUAGACCAGGGCUGGAAGGCGGCUCGAAGAGGCAUUUCGGAAAGAAAAUGUGGCGCGUGGACGGCAAGGGUUGUCAACAAUGACGAACGAAUUCCGCCGGAAGGGAAGAUUUACAAACGGUUCCAUAUACAAGAAUGCCCCAAAGAAACCAAAGUAUUGCUGCUCAAUCAGAUUGAUAAAGCACUGAUGCGGGAUGAAAUAAAAUCCUAUCUUCAUUGGUGUUUUCCUAUUGUGCCUGAAAGGAAAAAAAAGACAAUCAGUGACACCACUAUCACUGAACAGAAGUUCUCCGUAGUCAUUCGUGGAGCUUGCCAGGCGAUUUCCCAUCUCGAUCUGAAAGAUCUUCUAGCCAGCUCGGAAAUUCAUUCACUUGUGAGGAACAAUGGCGUGACAAGAAUCCGUUUCCAUCAAAUGAAGAACAAGCCAUUAGUCUUGAAAAAACCUGGAAAAGACGAGCUUGAGACUACUAUUAAGUCCAGUUGGAAGCGUCCUUUGUUGCAUAAUAUCCCUGAGGGUGCUCGCCUUCUCGGUGUGUUGGCGUCCGGAGCAUCACGCGCGGGAGGCCCAAGAUUGCAGUUUGCGAAGAAGGAAGAGAAGAGCGAAACGCUUGGAGAUAGCGCUACGGUGGAAGUGCAUCUCGACCGAUGGAUAUCUAAUCUGAAUUCUCGCUGGAAGCGGCAUGGAACUGAAGGAAAAGUUUUUGUACAACCACACACAGUGCCAACAUCAGCAUUUAACAGCACAGGACCGCUUUUCGCAUGUUGUUCGAACGCACUUGAGGUAGGGGGAGGAAUAAUCAGGGUAGAAGGCGUUACUUUAUUGCCACGGAAUCCACUCUUCCUUCUGUUGUCCAUUCUCUCGUUUGGAUUGCAAGCCAAAACCACAUCAGAUAACGGGCAACCGGCGUUAGAGGCCAUUGAAACCCAGGAAUUGAUCUUCAAUGCUGCUGUUGGAUGGAUGGGAAAACAAAAGCAGAAACUGGCGAAAUGUGGCAUUCAAAAUCCCGAGUUCGACUUGAAUUCUAAUGGUGGCAGAGGCAGGAUUGCAACUGCGAUCGAGUUCAACAACGUCUCAGAGCGCCUAGGAGCAAGUCUUUUGUGUCACUCUGACUCAGUUCUCGCUCUUUGUAAUCUAUUUUCUUACGUCGACGGGUACGAGAUGGCUCUUUGGGAUUCAUUAGCUGAUACUGCGUUCACUGAAGAGAAUCUGUCAAAAUGGCGCAGAGGAGCUAAAUGGAAGGUAGCGGAGAAGAAGCCAGGAAAAGUGUGUAUCGAAUCUGAAGCGAAGCGACACGUCCAGGAGGGCUCCAAAGGAAGAAAGAUUUCCAACGUGAUUGUAGCUUCUUGGCUAGAUGGCAGCGCGGCAACUUCAAAACCAGAAGCGGGAUGCAAGAACUCUGAGCCACCCAACGAGAACGAGAAGAACCAGAAAAGAAAGCAGAAAAAGAGAGGAGCGAAACAGCAACAGAAAAAGGAAAAGAAAGAUAAGAAGCUGAAACAGAAAGAAGAAAAGAAAGCGAAGAAGGCAAAGGAGAAGCCAACACAUAUAUUCCAAGUACAAAACCAGUUUGAAUAA